AAAUUUAUAAUGAUCUGAUUUUAUGAAAUGUAAACGAAAUUGCAAAGAAUGAAAACAAUAUCAAAUUCACGAAGGGCUUCACAUUACAAUCAGGGAUAGGGUAUUAGAUCGGCUAACCUAGCGCGAGAGAAUGGCUCACAGUAAGGAAGGCAGAGAGUUUUCUGCGGGCCGAAAAUGCCAUGCAAUUGUUUUUGAAGAAAAGCCUUCAGAGGCACCUGAACGAGGCCCUUUCACCUCCAUUAUCUCCAAAUCUCGUCUGCUCUCUAAGGGACCAUCCGAGAAGUCACGUGCCCUCGUUUUCGCUUUGACCAUUUUGGUUGUCACCAUCACGUGCCUGGUCUUCCUACUGGGGGUCAGGGUCAUUCGUGGAGAGAAUCACAUUACGCAAGACGAAGACAUUGAGAGAAUUCUGGAACAGAUUCUUGGCCCCAAUUUUGGACACUUGAACAUAUCCGACUCGGAUGUUCAGAAUUUCACAUUUACCCAUGGGCAUAUUUAAAUACAAUCACAUUAUAUUUUUAUUGAAUGUACACUAGUCUGUAUAUGUCUCACGCAAAGGUAAAGGAAAAUAAAGAUAUUAAAAAUGAAAAAACU